UGUGGUUUGGGUUCUUGGCUCUUGGUCCUGGCUCGGGAAGGAGGGGAGGAGAGGGGGGCGCCGGGGACCCCCCGCCUGGCCCCCUGCCCUUCCCAGCGUCUCCCCUCCGCUCCUUGGCUAUUCUCUGACAUGGGGGGAAGCCUCGUGGACCCUGGCGGGGCUCAGCCCCCUGAGACCCCACGGGCCUGGGUACAAGUCAGAGCAAGGAGGAGGAAGGAGGGAAGAAUGGGCCCCAGGCUCCUGGCCCCCAGAGCCCCCCAGGAGUUGGUGACAUUCAAGGAUGUGGCUGUGGAAUUCACCAAGGAGGAGUGGCACCUCUUGGACCAUUCUCAGAAAGAGUUGUACAAGGAGGUCAUGCUGGAGAAUGCCCAGAACCUGCUCUCUGUGGGAAUUCCAGUUUCAAGAGAAGAUUUGAGCUCCCCUUUCCAGGAAGGGGAACUAGCAGGGAUGGCAGAACAAAAAGGUCCAAGGAACUCCUGCCCAAGUAGAGAGACCCAGCUUGAGGUGAAGGCUACAAAGGUGAACAUUUUUGUGGAAGAAUUUGGCCAACAUAGAUUUGAGAGUGAUGGUGCCUGUGACAACACAAGAGAAAUCUGUGACUCUCCUACCAAGAUGGAGAAAAAUCCUAAGACAAUCUAUGAGUUUGGUGAAAUUGGAAAGGGAUUCAUAGAGUCCUCAGUCCUAAAUCACAGUAAGGGAGUGACUUCAUGGAAUGAGUCUUUUCAGGACACUGAAGAUCAUGAAUGGUUUCCUAAACAAGUGGAGCCUUUUCAGUCUCAAGAGAAGUCACAUGAAAUGCAAAUAUGUCAAGGGAAUCAUCUGGAAAUGGUGCUGAAUUUGAAUUCUGAUCUCAUUGGCUAUCAGAAAAGUAAUACAGGAGAAAUGCUUUGUGGAAGUAACAAAGGUGAGAAAGCCUUCAGUCAGAACUCUAAACUCAUUAGUCUUCAGAAAAUUCACGUUAGAAAGGAGGGUGUUGAAUAUAAUGAAUUUAAAGCAACCACAUCCCAACACUCAUCUCUUCCUUGCCAUUCUCAAAUUUACCAUGGAAUGAAAAGAUAUGCAGUUUAUGACUGUGGAAAGGCCUUAACAUGGAACUCAGAUCUUAUCAGGCAUCAGAAUAUUCACAAUGGAAAAAAGUUUUAUAAAUGUAAUCAGUGUGGAAAGGCUUUCACACACAGCUCCAGUCUUGGUGCACAUCAGAGAAUCCACACUGGAGAGAAGCCUUAUGAAUGUAAACAGUGUGGAAAGGCUUUCAUACACAGCUCCAAUCUUGCUGCACAUCAGAGAAUCCACACUGGAGAGAAACCUUAUGAAUGUAAUCAGUGUGGAAAUACUUUCACACAAAGCUCCCAUCUUGUUGCACAUCAGAGAAUCCACACUGGAGAGAAGCCUUAUGAAUGUAAACAGUGUGGAAAGGCUUUCAUACACAGCUUCAAUCUUGCUGCACAUCAGAGAAUCCACACUGGAGAGAAGCCUUAUGAAUGUAAACAGUGUGGAAAGACUUUCACACACAGCUCCAAUCUUGUUAAGCAUGAGAAAAUCCACACUGGAGAGAAACCUUAUGAAUGUAAACAGUGUGGAAAGACGUUCAGACACAGCUCCAGUCUUGCUGCACAUCAGAGAAUCCACACAGGAGAGAAACCUUAUGAAUGUAAUCAGUGUGGAAAGGCUUUCACACACAGCUCCCAUCUUGCUAAGCAUGAGAAAAUCCACACUGGAGAGAAACCUUAUGAAUGUAAUCAGUGUGGAAAGUCUUUCAAACACAGCUCCCAUCUUGCUAAGCAUGAGAAAAUCCACACUGGAGAGAAACCUUAUGAAUGUAAACAGUGUACAAAGACUUUCACCCACAGCUCCAGUCUUGCUGCACAUCAGAAAAUCCACACUGGCGAGAAACCUUAUGGAUGUAAUCAGUGUGGAAAGGCUUUCAUAUACAGCUCCCAUCUUGCUGAACAUCAGAGAAUCCACACUGGAGAGAAACCUUAUGAAUGUAAUCAGUGUGGAAAGACUUUCAAAAAGAGCUCCCAUCUUGCUAAGCAUGAGAAAAUCCACACUGGAGAGAAACCUUAUGAAUGUAAACAGUGUGGAAAAACUUUCACACAAAGCUCCUACCUUGCUGCACAUCAGAGAAUCCACACAGGAGAGAAACCUUAUGAAUGUAAUCAGUGUGGAAAGGCUUUCAUAUACAGCUCCCAUCUUGCUGAACAUCAGAGAAUCCACACUGGAGAGAAGCCUUAUCAAUGUAAACAGUGUGGAAAGACUUUCAGACAAAGCUCCAGUCUUGCUGCACAUAAGAAAAUCCACACUGGAGAGAAACCUUAUGGAUGUAAUCAGUGUGGAAAGGCUUUCAUACACAGCUCCAGUCUUAUUGAACAUCAGAGAAUCCACACAGGAGAGAAACCUUAUGAAUGUAAACAGUGUGGAAAGACUUUCACACGCAGCUCCAAUCUUGCUGCACAUCAGAGAAUCCACACUGGAGAGAAGCCUUAUGAAUGUAAACAGUGUGAAAAGACUCACACAAAGCUCCAGUCUUGCUGCACAUCAGAGAAUCCACACUGGAGAAAAGCCUUAUGAAUGUAAUCAGUGUGGAAAGACUUUCACACAAUGCUCACAUCUUGCUAAGCAUGAGAAAAUCCACACUGGAGAGAAACCUUAUGAAUGUAAACAGUGUACAAAGACUUUCACCCACAGCUCCAAUCAGAGAUUCCAUACAGGAGAGAAAACUUAUGAAUAUAAUCAGUGUGGAAAGGCUUUCAGAGAGCAUUCUGAUGUUGCUGCACAUCAGAGAAUCCACCUUGGAGAGAAACCUUAUUUAUGUAAACAGUGUGGAAAGACUUUCACACACAGCUCCUGUCUUGAUAAACAUCAGAGAUUCCACACUGUUCUCUCCAGUAAUUAUGGAUGUAAUCCUUGUGGAAAGGCUUUCACAUGCCCCCAGGACACCAGGACACGGAGCAGCUCUCAGACCCUGGUGCUGACUGGGUCAGUGAAGGACCAGACCAAGGAAGCUCAGGGGUUUUAGUCUCACUUCUGUACAAGCCUUGGCCACUGUGUAUGUGGGGGUCAUGAUUAUAGUCAUUAGAUGGCCAGUCCUAAUGAGCCUCAUCCUCAGGCUGCAGACCAGAGAUGGUCAGGGAGGCAGAGUCACUAGAGCCAGAGAAUCUCUCUGGAACCCCCAGGGUCAGCCAUUAGGGCUAUAGAUGGUGAGCUUGGGGGCCUGGCCCUGGUGCUGUUGGUCCCACUGCAAACUGUCCAUUCCAAUGCUGCCACUGCUUCUGGUGCAGGAGACUGUGGCUGACUGACCCAGAGACCCUGACACUGAUGCUGUCUGAGUCAGCACAUGCUGGGCCCAAGCACCUAGAAGGACAGAGAGGGAGAGCUGUGAGUCAGGGGCCAGGGACCCCCCACCUCUCCCCUCUGGGCCCUGGGAGCCCCUUCCUCUGAGACCCCUCAGGCUGGCACCUGGGCAGUGAGUGAGGAGGCUGAGCAGGAGGGGAGUCCAGGCCAUGGUGGAGACCCCUGCCCCCCCCUCCCCCAGCUGUGCUCCCUGAGGCCCCUGAGCUGGAGCUGGGCCUGCCAGGUCUCUCUUAUCUCCCAUAUUCCUCCCCCAACCCUUCAUGCAAAUCUGCUCUUUAACUCCCACUCUCUUAUGGUGCUAGAGGCAGGGCAGGACUGUGGGUGAAGCAAGGGGAUGGCUCCCAGUACAGAGGCUUGUGUUGUCUUUUAUUUAUUUAUUUAUUUGUUUGUUUGUUUGUUUGUUUGUUUGUUUAUUUAUUUAUUUAUUUUAGUGAGGCAAUUGGGGUUAAGUGACUUGCCCAGGGUCACACAGCUAGUAAGUGUUAAGUUUCUGAGGCUGGAUUUGAACUCGGGUACUCCUGACUCCAGGGCCAGUGCUCUAUACACUGCUCCACCUAGCUGCCCCCUUGUGUUGUCUUUUACUUAGAAAUCUGGCUUGUAUUUACAGGAUCUUUUAAAUUAGAUUUUAUAUUUUAAGUUGAAAUGAUGCAAGAGAGUCUUUUGUGCCCAUUGCUGAUUAUUUGCAGAGACCGGAAAGGGGGAUGGGGGCUGCUUGUAACUGAGCUAUCCUGAUUGUGACCAUUUCCCCCUGGUCGCACCCCUUCUCAGUGAAUGCUGAACACCACAGAGAAGCCAACAGAGACAGAUCUGCUGUUUCUGGAAAGGCCUGAAUAAGAGAUGAUCCAUGAAUUGAGGGGAGAGUAGAGCUCGGGAUUAUAGGAGGAAGAAGGCGCUAUAGUGGAAAGAGCACAGGCUCUGCAGGGUGAGGCCCUGGGUUCAAAGGUUAUCUAGAUAAGAGCUCUGUAAUUUCUUUGGCUGCAUCUGUCACUUAUUGCAGUAGCACCAUGGAUGUUUAUGUUAACUUUGCUGGGCCUCAGUUCCCUCAUUUGUAAAAUGAGGGAGUUGGAGUGGAUGACCUCUGAGGACCCUUUCAACCCUUGUUCCAGAUCAGUUGGAAGUAAGAAGGGUCUGGGAGACAAGAGUAGGUGGGCUAUUUUGCUUGGGCUAGAACACCCCCCUUGGGGGGCUGAGCCUGGGCCCUGUCUACCAUGGCACUCCAGGCUGAAGGACCAAUCUCCUUGGUAUGACAAAGGAUUUGGCCGGAUUUGAACUCAGGUCCUCCUGAAUCCAGGGCCAGUGCUCUAUCCACUGAGCCACCUACCUGCCCCUUUUAGGAAGAAAUUGGUGGAGCCUUUCAAUGACAGUUAUCCCUUUCAGACCUUGGCAUUUAGGGUUGUGGCACCCCCUCAAGCUAGAAAAACCAAGUAGAAUUUUUAGGCCUCUCAUCAUACCAGAGAAGUCUGAAUUAUUAUGAUAUAAAAAGAUAAAAUGUUUAUAUUGUAUAAUACUAUACAUAUAUUUUAUGCAUUUCUGAGUUUCUAAAUUUUUCUGUUUUCUCUGCUGGCCUGUGUGUUGUCUACAGUUUCCAAAAACUCCCCCCAAAUUGCCAUUUAAUUUUUUAAGUUGACUCAUGAUAUAUAUGAAAACCAAUAUGCAUAAAGUCUCGAUGUGGAGGGAAUAACUACUGUUUUAGCUCCUGGUUCUAGGAUGUUAGGGCAGUUUUCCUUCAUAAUUUCUUCAAAGAUGCUGUCCUGGUUCUUUUUUUGAUUAUGGCUUUCAGGUAGUUUGAUAAUUCUUAAAUAAGCUGUUCUGGUUCUAUUUUCAAUGUCAAUUGUUUUUCCAACAAGGAAUUUCACAUUUUCUUCUAUGUUUUUCAUUCUUCUGAUUUUGUUUGAUUGAUACUUGAGUAGAGUCAUUGAUUUAUAUUUGCCCAAUUCUAAUUUUUAAGGAAUCAUUUUCUUCAGUGAUCUUUUAUACCUCAUGUAGAUAUUGUUAUUAUUUAAUAUCAAUAGGUACAGAAAAAUCUAUAAUAAACUACAACACUCAUUUAACAUUUGGUUUCAGGACACUUUACUUUUUUAAUGUAAUAAAAAAUUUUAUUUAUAAUUUUGGG